UAAUCGUAUUUGCAUAGUUUUAUCAUUUUUAUGGAUCACUGCUCAGAUUAUUUAUCGGUUUCUGCACAGUUAUCGGAAGAGCUAUCGGAACCCCGACCAUCUAUGGCCAUCAAUCUGCCACCGAUGGCAGUGAAUGUCCCGCCAUCUUCACGCUUCGCCUCAAUUGAUAUGGGCACAAACUCCUUCAAGUUGUUGAUAGUCCAAGCCGACCCAUCUGGGAAAUUCCUCAUCAUUGACCGUGUCAAGGACCGGGUACUACUUGGCCUAAACUCAUCCAGAUUUAUCUCCAAACAGUCCCAGCUUCGCUCCCUUCAGUGUCUCCAGAACUUCAAACAAGUCAUGGAAUCCAACGACGUCCCUUUCCAGCAUACACGUUGCGUAGCCACUGCGGCGGUAAGGGAAGCGGAGAACAGGGAGGAGUUCUCGAGGAUGGUGUACGAAAAUUUGGGUUUCGAAGUUGAUGUGUUAUCAGGUGAAGAGGAGGCCAGGUUGGUGUAUCUGGGUGUGCUUCAAUUUUUGCCAAUAUUUGAUAAACAGGUGUUGACUGUGGAUAUUGGAGGAGGGUCCACUGAGUUUGCUAUUGGGAAGCAAGGAAGGGUUGCUUUUGGAACUUCUUUGAAGUUGGGGCACGUGAAAUUGACUCAGAAGUUUGCUUCUAAUGGUGAGAUUGCAGAGAUGAGGGAGUUUAUGAAGUUGACUAUUGAGGAAUCUGGGUUGGUUGAGAAGGUUAAGGAUUGUGGUUUUGAUGUUGCUGUUGGGUCUUCAGGGACUAUAAAAUCAAUUGAAAAUGCAAUUUUCAAUGGUUUUGGAACCAAUUUGGUUUAUAAUAAUGAGGUUUUGGUGAAGGAGUGUAAGAAGGAAUGGGGGUUUAGCAGGGGAGAAUUAGAGGGUCUUGUUGGUAUGUUGUGUGAUGAUGGAAGAGAGGGGGAGAAUGUUAAAAGAGAGAGGUUUUUUAAGAGAAGGUCACAGUUCAUUGUUGCUGGUGCUGUGUUAUUGGAGGAGAUAUUUAAGGCACUUGGAAUCGAAGAAAUGGAGGUCUCUAAAUAUGCAUUGGGGGAGGGUAUUAUAGCUGAAACUUUGGCUAAUGUGUAUAAUGGAUAUAACUUGAAUGCCAACGCAAGGUGGUGGUCUACUGUGCAUCUAGCAACGAGGUUUAAUGGGAAGAAAAGAAUGAAAUCUGCCACAGAAUGUGCUCGCAUUGCAAAUGAGAUUUUUGAAGGUCUAAAAAAUUGUGAUCAGCAUGUUGAUAAUCAAAUUAAACUUCCUGUCCCAUUGAAUGACAAUGAUCUUGAAUACCUGCAAGCAGCCUGUUUGCUUCACAAUAUAGGGCUUUUCGCUGGUAAAAAGGGUUAUCACAAGCAGUCUUACAGCAUCAUCAUGAAUGGUGGUCAUCUUAAUGGAUAUGACGCUGAGGAGGUCAAGUUAAUAGCGUUGCUGACAAAACAUCACAGAAAGAAAUUCCCCAAAUAUGAUCAUGCUUCUUUUAUGGAGUUUUCUGAAGAGGUGAGGCAGAAAUUCAGAAUCCUUUGUGUAAUUAUACGCUUAUCUGUUAUACUACAGCAGAGUCAGCCUGUGAACUUUUGGAAAAUGGAAUGUUCACAUUCUCAAGAAGGAUACAGGCUGGCAUUUACAGAAGUUGGCGAUCGAUCUUCUCUCCCUGCUACCUCGCAAAAUGUAGCUGAGGAACUUGGGGCUGAACUAAGGCAAGAGCAAGCAUACUUUAAAAAGGUGUUCCAGCAAGAAUUGAUGAUUGUGGUGCUGUCAGCUUCCGAAUCUUAGUGAAAUAAAUAUUCUUGAAGAGAAAUGGCAUUUCUCUUAUUCGCUAUGGAAACAGUAUGCCUCCUUUAAUGGAUUCCUUUAUUAGCAAUAGGCCAUGGAUGGUGAAGCUGCAUAACUGCAAUCUUCAGGUCUUUGGUUCAGUUCCUGGAGCCUUGUGCAUGAAAGUUUUCUUCCUGAAGUUGCGUUCUCUAUCGACUUCAAUAGAAGUGUACUCGGCAUUGCAUUGGUGAAUGGGUCAUUACCCUGAGUGAAUUAGAUGAACUGAAGUCAAAGAAUGAUGAGUCAGUCAUCAGAUUCUGAACUACAGAAUCCCAAUGCCAUAAGCUGCUUGAUCUGGCAGCCGACCUGCAAUGGAGGUGUGAAGUUUGGUAUUUUUCUUCACCAGCUUCAUCUUUUGAGUAAUAUAUGAUGUAAACCACUGAAUUCAAAUUCAGUUUGUGGCAAACCAAGGUUCUUGGGUUGGUUUUUGCCGUGGUCAUUGACAUUGAUUAGCUGUUACUCACAACUGAAGAUAGCAGUACUACAAUGGUGCUGUGGAAUAUACAUAUAGAUAUAGUCAUGUACUGAUAUACUGCUGUUUGGUCCACCAAUUUUUUGAAUGGGAAUGGUGACAACUGGUUCUAAUAAAACGACACUGUUCCAUCCU